UGAAAACUAUGAAACAGUCACAGACGUGCUUGGCACGAUUACGGAAGGAAUAGCGGAAGGUUUCGUUGGCAAGACUUGAAUCGAAAUUGAAUUUUUGAAUCCACAAAACAACAAAUUGAGACAUAACGCCAAUAAUAAUUUGUUGCAAUUUACGUAGCACGACGUCGAAUUGGUAAAGUGGCCCGAAAAAGUGAAAUUAUUAAAUAAGAAAAUAAAUAACAAAAAAUUAAAACAAAUUAUUGCAAAAUAUGACAACAACAGCAACAAAAUUUUGAGUUGUGUAAAUUUGUGUUUAAUGUUUACUUUUGAGAUUAAAGUCAUUUAAGAAAAACGACAAAACAAGAGCCAUUAACGCUGUGCAGAAAAGUGAAAAAAAACGUCCGACAACUAAAUAAUUAAAUUUAUUUUUUUUUUAUAAAAAAAAAAUAGUGGCGAGAGUAAAAAUUGCUAACAAAUUGGUAAUUGGUAGUUAAAGCUGUGAGUGACUGACUGCCUGACGUUUAACCAGCCAGCCAUUGAAAUACGAAGAUAACAGAAGCAACAACAAAAAACAAUAAUAAGAAGCAUUCAGAAAAAAAUCGUCCAACACUUUCAUUUUCAUUGUUUGCUUUAGUCGAUUGCUCAGAGUUGACGCUGACUUUAGUCAGCCAUAAACUGGCAUAUCGAAGCUUUUGUCCGUCCAUUAUUUGGUUCGUAGCGGCCCUUCUUCGUCUUCGUCAUCUUUUGUUUUUUUUCUUCAUUAAAAUUGUGUUAAAUAAUCUGUGGUAGAAAGAAAAGAAAAAAAAAAAUAAAAACUAUAACAACAACGAAAGAUUUUGGAAUUUGAAACCGAUAAAACAAACCAGAGAUAAUUUUACUUCCGUUUCCUGGCAAAUGCUUCUGGAAGACUGUUACGCUGAAAUAUAAACUUACAUUUCAUCCCUUGGAUAUUUGACUGCCAACCAAGUGCACAAAAUGCGUUUAACUGCAUUUCUCAUUAGUUUGGGUCUACUAUCCGCCAUAAUAGUACACCGGACCUCGGCCGUGGACGAUGACGAGAAUUAUGAGCCGCGACAUUUGACCAACGACCAAUCGUCCUUUUUCCAGUCUCAAUCGGAUUCACCGUUUUCUAGACCACUCUCGGCGCCGGCCUAUGCGAUACGGACGGGGCGUGGCAAGGAUUUGAAAAUAGCGGCGGUGGCGGCGGCCGAUUCACGAUCAGAGUCGGAUAGUAGUGCCAGUGAAAGUGGUGACUUCUUUGAUGAAGACGACGAGGAAGAGGGUUCUGCAGAGUACUAUGACGAAAGUGAGGAGAACACAAGUUCAUCCAGUGCGGGUGAAAACAGUGGUAGUGAUGAAUCAUUGCCACGUCUCCUUUCACCAUCAGCAUUUCAUCGCAUCUCGGAAACGUUGGGCGCCUUGAAUACAGUGGGACAUUUGUUGGUAGAUAUGACACGAGGAGGUCAGGAUAGUAGUAGUAGUACUCCAGGAUCUACUGGCAUUACAGCCACACCUACCUCGGCGACAACAACGACUACUACCACAACAACGACACCAACCACUGAAAGAACUUUAAGUGAAAACAACAAUUCGGCAAAACUGUUUUCCGGUUCCACCUUGGAAAACAGCAUAGAUUCGGUGAAAAGCUCAUCAUCUGUGCACGUGGCCGACAAGAGGAUAGGCCAGGAGGAACCCAUUAACAAACCCAUGUUUGUUGAAAACAAGGAAGUGAAAAAGAAGCGCAAGAAGAAGAAGAAUAAGAACAAGACCAAGAAACCAAGUGGAGACUCGGCUGUAAAUUCGACUUCAACUCUGACAAAACUUCCCACCACCCUACGGCCUGUCGCUGUGAGAACCACCACUUUGCCCACUGUACAACAGGAGGACGAGUACAACGAUGAACGGGAAACAGGUAAAGAUGUGGAAAAUCGGUGCAAAACACCCAGUGGUCGCCCUGGACGUUGUGAAGAUCUCAGCAGUUGUCCGGCAUUGCUUUUGAAUUUGAGCAGUCUUCGGGAAUCGUUGUGUUUUAAGAGUCUCUUCGUUCCCGGUGUAUGUUGUCCACUGCCCGAAACUUCAACAGUGCUGACCACACAAAGGCCACUUAAAUUGACAACGAAAGCUCCCACAACGACGACCACCACCAAACGUCCACAGCGCCCAUCAUCUACCAAUUUAAUAUUGAGGCCUCAGAGUAAACCUAGCACAACAACAACGACCACCACUGCCAAUCCUUUGGAUUCAAAUGAUCUGGAGCUAUUGGCCAACAACAACAUUGUUGAUCCAGAAGAUUGUGGCCAACAAGAAUAUUCCACGGGACGUAUUGUGGGCGGUGUCGAGUCACCGAAUGGUCAAUGGCCUUGGAUGGCGGCGAUUUUCUUACAUGGCCCGAAGCGUACAGAGUUUUGGUGUGGCGGUUCUUUAAUCGGUUCACGUUAUAUCCUAACAGCUGCACAUUGUACCAGAGAUUCACGACAGAAACCAUUUGCUGCACGACAAUUCACUGUACGCCUGGGAGACAUCGAUCUUUCCACAGAUGCCGAACCCUCAGCUCCAGUAACGUUUGGCGUUAAGGAAGUUCGAGCUCAUGAAAGAUUCUCUCGUAUUGGAUUCUAUAACGAUAUUGCCAUUUUGGUGCUAGACAAACCGGUCCGCAAAUCCAAAUAUGUUAUCCCUGUAUGUUUGCCACGAGCUGGUCGCAUGCCACCGAAAGAUCGAUUGCCCGGUCGUAGAGGUACCGUGGUGGGAUGGGGUACCACCUAUUAUGGCGGCAAAGAAUCAACAUCCCAGCGUCAAGCUGAAUUACCCAUUUGGCGAAAUGAAGAUUGUGAUCGUUCCUAUUUCCAACCGAUUAAUGAAAACUUCCUGUGUGCCGGCUACUCAGAUGGUGGUGUGGAUGCAUGUCAGGGUGAUUCCGGUGGUCCACUCAUGAUGCGCUAUGACUCACGCUGGCUGCAAUUGGGCGUUGUUUCCUUUGGCAAUAAAUGUGGUGAACCUGGUUAUCCUGGUGUAUACACCCGCGUCUCGGAAUAUUUGGAUUGGAUUGCCGAUCACACAAAGGACUAGGACUAGGGUUCUGCUUCUCAAUUUGUGUUUUUUGUUUUCUAUAGAAAUAUGACUAGUCGAAAUUAAGCGCAACAUCUCCGUUGAAUUUUUGUAUUUCAUGUGUAAUUUAUUGACACUGUCUGUCAUUCCUUAAAAAUGUAUAUCUCGAUACGAUAGUUUUUAAUUAAUUUUAUAAAUAAUUUAUUUAAUUUAACACAAA